AAGAUCCCAAAACCCAAAAUGACAUCUUGAAAUGAUUUAUUUUGUCCAACCCACAGUCCAAAAGGCAAAUAUAACCGUAAAACUUUCGUAAGACUAAAUAAACCAGAAAACGCUAUCAUUUAGGAAGCAAAAAUGAGGGGGGUUUGCGAUUUUGUUCAACAAACUGCUAAAAUGAUUAACUGAUAAUCAAAACAGCCGAAGCAAUCAAUCAUCAUCAAAAUAAUUUUCUGUCAACUGACUAAUCAAUUAAUCUGCUAAGCGUUUCAGCUCUAAUAAGAUCAGCUGUUUUCCUGCUCGGUGUCUUCUUGUAUGAACUCUACUGAAUUUGCUUUCUAUUUUCCCUGACAGGAAACUUCAGAGGGAUGUGUAAACAGAUAGACCACUUUCCUGAGGAGACAGAUUAUGAGGCAGACCCAUCUGAGUACUUCUUACGUGCGGUGCGAGCCUCCAGCAUCUUUCCCAUCCUCAGUGUCAUCCUGCUCUUCAUGGGAGGCCUGUGUAUAGCUGCCAGUGAAUUCUACAAGUCACGCCACAACAUCAUCCUUAGCGCAGGGAUCUUCUUUGUGGCUGCAGGCCUGAGCAACAUCAUCGGAAUCAUCGUGUACAUAUCAGCCAAUGCGGGGGAUCCUUCAAAAAGCGACUCAAAGAAGAACAGCUAUUCUUACGGCUGGUCUUUCUACUUUGGUGCCCUCUCCUUCAUCAUGGCUGAGAUGGUGGGCGUCUUGGCCGUGCACAUGUUCAUUGACCGCCAUCGACAGCUCAGAAUAGGGGCGAGAGCAGCCGACUACCUCCAAGGCUCGGCCAUAACGCGGAUCCCCAGCUACCGCUACCGCUACAGACGCCGCUCACGCUCCUCCUCCCGCUCCACAGAUCCAUCCCAGUCCCGUGACGCUUCACCUGUGGGCCUCAAGGGCUUUAGCGCGCUGCCAUCCACAGAGAUCUCCAUGUAUACGCUGCCCCGGGAUACCCUCAAGUCCUCUGGCACACCCACGGCCACCUACAACUCUGAAAGGGACCACAACUUCCUGCAAGUCCACAACUGCAUCCAGAAAGACCUGAAAGACUCGAGCCACACCAACACAGCGAACCGUCGCACCACGCCGGUAUGAGGGAGUCGACACAGGUCAGGCCAGCCCGGCGGAGAGCAAAGACCAGGAGACACGGGAACCCCUGUGGGUGCAGUAUGGUCCAGGAGACUAUGGAUUUCUAUGUUUAUAGACAUUUGAUCUUUUUGUUGAGCUGCAUGACCUUUCCAUUACCAUUGUUGAGAGAGUUUCAACAGGUCUGCUGUGUUCCUGGGUUGAAUGGCAGAAGAGGUUGUCUGAGAGAGUGAGUUCUGUCAUUUCUGCGCAGGGGUGUGUUCAUGAGAUCUGCGCCACUGAAAGGGAGGGUGGAAGGGUGGGGGGUUGGCAUUUAUGAGAUAAAGAACUGAUUUCAUAGCCCUCUGAUUUGACAGUUUUGCCCCAUAGUUUGGUUGGAGCAGCAGGUCAAGCUCCCCCUCAGCCAACCCACUGAUCACAUGCACACCUCUGUUUAUUUAUUGACUCCUUUCUUCAAAUUUUUGCAUUAAAACUGUGAAUUGUUACAGCUUGGGAUUCACUAAGAAUUAGCCCAACCUGUAAUCUCUAACAAAGGUACUAUAUAUAUAUAUAUGUAUUACUUUUAUAAAUAAAUUAUUACGUUAAUAACCACGAGUUAGAGACUUUACCGAAGCAAAAAAGAAAACAACUAAACCAAGUGCUGUUGGAAAUAUGAGAAAAGACUCUUUUACUCUCUAUUCAUUUGAAGGUUGAGAACAAGAGGUCUCUUACUGUAGGCAGCAACAGUGACUGAUGCCACCAGAGCAGAUGCAGACAGACAACAGUAGAAUAUCUAUUCUUUUAAUAGAACCUUCUCAACUUUUUCUCAGUCCCUGUUCGCUUUCUUUUUUCGGGCGGGUCGUAACGGGAGAGUUGAACCCCUUAACCGAAACAGCCGACAAAAGGGGCCGACACUUAACAAAGCAAAGACUCCAAACACGACUUCUACAAAAUAAAAAGGAAGGAGCAGAGGGGGAAGGAAAAGAAGAGGACAACAAACGCAAAAAUAAAAACAAGUUAAACGUGACAUAGUACAAGAGAAGCUAAGUGACUCACAAUUUCAGAAAUUAAAUGCAUGCUAUACAAUUACAGCAAAUCUGCUCUUGAGAAACUUAAGUUUUAAAGGUUAAUAAUUAUAAUGGGAAAAAAACAAAGGUGUUAAAGUAAUAAAGUUUUCUUGUGUGUUUUUCUUAUGUUUUCUUUUUUUUUUUACUUCUUUAGUUUAUUUUACGUCUUGCUUUUGCGACAAAUGAAACAAUGUACAGUGAACAAAACUGCUUUUUUAAAUGGUUUGGUUGAUUUCUUUUUAAAUAUAUUACAGUAUGUAUAUAUGUAUUUUAUUUUCA